GCUGGCGACUCCUGCUUCCAAGCGGAAGCGCGAUGCUGACUCCGUGGUAUCCGAUGUGAAAUCCAAGUGCGCGAAGCAACAGGCCGCUGCUUCUAAGCUGAGCGGCGGCGCUUCGGAGGCGAAAGCCAGGAAGGCCGCCGCGCAGGACGCCGUGCCACAGUGCGUCCACGGCGGCCCCGACCUCACCAAGGUCCCCGCCUGGUUUUGCGUGAGUUGCGAGCAGAAUACUCACCAGUUCGACCGCGACGCCCCUGAGAGACGAUUGCGGUGGGCAAAGCUCCGCUGGACUCCCGAUGGGCUCGCCUACCCCCAGGGCCAGGAGUGUUACAAUUGCUUCCAGACCCGCCGAAAGUUCUACGGCUGUGGCAUGGCCAAGUUGACCGCCAGCAGGAAGGCGUGCACCAAGUUAGACGAGCAGUACUACAACCACAGGAAGGGCGUGGCCUGCGGCGACGCUGCUUACAAGAAAGGCGAAAAGAUCGACGUCGAUGAGUACGUCAAGGAAGUGCAGCAGGCCUUCACUGAAGAAUUCGAGGAGGGAACGUGGAUCGAGCUGCACAGCUUCGCCGCCGACAGGCACAUUUCUUUCCCUGACGAUGUUGACGAUGCGAAGCUCAUCGGCUACAUCGGGACGCAUCUGAAGAAGACCGUGCGCCCUGACGAGCGCGGCGUCAUGGGCGCUGAAGUCCUGGACCACGACAGUGACCGCAAGCGCUUCCGUCGCGGCGUGAACCGCAUGAUGGAACGCGGAGCCUAUGAACGCCAGCGUGGGGAGGAUGUUAGCUCGUUGACUGGCGAGCGCUGCGGCAUGCUGCGGGAUGAGGCGGCCAUUAAAGCUGCGCAGGCUGGAUCUGGCAACCCUGCCCGAAUGGUCCAAUGCAAGCAGACGCCCGUGCAAGGGCCCGCGCUCCAGCAGCGCCGCGACCCUGUGGAGCGUUCAGAGGCUGCUGCUUCAUCUGCUGGGGGUGCAGAAAGUUCCAGCGCCAGCGUCUUGUCGGCGCCGCCCCCAGCUAAUCGUCGAGUUCGUUCGAAGUCAGCUGCUCCAUCAGUGGUGAGGGAAGCGGUUGUGGCUCGCCGCGUCAGCGUCGAGGAGGAGAACGAGGACGGCGAUGAUGACGGCCAGCAGUCUGUCGUCAGCAAGGGGGCAUCGAGGGAGGAGAAGGCCAUCGCCAGCGCCAGAUUGGCUUUGUCGAAGAGCGACUCUAAGACGUGGGAGCAUCAGUGGAAGGACAAAGCCAUGAAUCGCAAGAGGGACCUUCAGGGCAUCGUUGGAAAGCUCCAUCGGGCUGGUCGGUCAGUUGGGAGAUUCAUCCAGAACGCCGAUGCCUUGGAUUUGUCGGCAGCUCUUUUCGCAAAGGCUGACCUGUUCGAGAAUCGUGCCGCUGUUUUCAACAAGCUGCGUAACUCCUUCGACGACUUCGUUGCGGAGCCUCUUUCGGACGUGGACAAGGUCAUCAUGAGUAGUGCCCCCAGCGGCCUCCUCAGCACGAUCCUGACGGCAAACCUGAACACCAUGAUCAGCAAGCUCGGCUCGUCGGGGACGAACCUACCUGAGAACUACAUCGGUACCAUUGUGGAGGCCAUGAAGAUUUCCGAGAAUAAGGACUUCUUGACGCUCGGCUACUUGGACGAUUCCGAGGCGUCCAGCGAAAAGAUCAUCCAGCUGUUUUCAGUGGUCGAGCCUUUGCUGACAGCCUGGGAGUCGAUCCACUCUAUUGCCGUCGAGGAUGAGAUAAAGAACGAUUGGUACGAGCAGGCCGCCGUCGACAUGCAUUGCAUGCUGGUCUGCGCUUCUGCGCUUCGGACCGUCGGGGACAACAACGCUGUCUACAAAGAUCUGCGCAAGAAGUGUCACGCUUUAGUCUCUUCGGUGGACCGCAUCAGCGCCAGGCUCAAGAGCCACUUCAGGCACAUAUGUGGCGACUCCUCCUCGCACGGCAAAGCAGCUUGGAACCGCGUUCAAGAUCUCCACAAGCAGUGCGAGGAGCUGUCGGAGGAAGCGUUCGAACAGCACGUCGCGACCGUGGAGAAGUUCUGCGAAGCCGUGCAGUUUGGCCCCGCCUUCGAAGACUUCUUCAACAGCUUCGGCGACGCAGCUGACGGGGCCGACUUCCUGAAAGCGAUCUCGAAACUCUCUAUGGAUGGGUACGGCAUCGCCACGGAUUCGCCGAGGCCGACGGCUGUGGAGGGUCGGGCCGACGUGGCACUGUUACGCGCCAAGAGGAUUAUGAUCGAUCUCCUCGCAGAAAUCAUCCUCCAACCGGUCGAUUUCACUGCCUUCACCGACGCGGUGUUCAGAGGGGCUGGCUACAUAGACGACGCUACCAAGCCUGACGAUGAACCCGAGGACGUCUCCAUCAUGUACAUGGCGAAGAAAGUUGCUGAGUUCUUGACGAUCUUCGACUGGAUGGAUCCGUCUGAGAAGGCCGUCUACAACGAGAUCAAGUUGAGGGCGCAGUUGUUUUGGGGGGCGCGUUUGGCCAAGGUCAAGCAGCACCAUGACGGCAUCACCGUUGACGUCGUUGAGCGGUGGGUGACCCUCUUCAACACGCAGAAGAAGAUCGAGGAAUCGAACUCGAAGUUGGAGGACGAACAGUUCAAGACUAUCUACUCGGCGGUCACGAAGAUGAGGGCCAAUAGUACCAUAGUGUUUGAUGACAUCGUGAAUGGCAUCAUGAUCGACAUGAUUUCGAAGAAGGUCGACACGUCCAGCGCGGCGUUCCAGAAGGCGCAGCGCAUGCAGGAGAUGAUGCCCCAGAAGGCAAGGCACGCCGUCGAAGCGAUCCACCUCAUCGAGAGAGUCUGCAGCGUGUGCAAGCUCAUUGGCGAGGGCAAGCCAGGUGGAGCUCUCUUGUCUCUCGUGGCGCUCAAGGCCGAGGUCCACGCCUUUUCCAUCAAGGCUCCAGGUGUGUUCGCUGCGCGGGAGGAUUUCACCUCCUUGGUGGACAACUUGACGGCCGAGAUCAAUGAGGGUUUGAAGUUGCUUCUCGCGAAACUCAACGUGGAGGGGAACUUGGACAAGCUCGCGGAGGUCUUCAAAGGAUUGGAGGCCGCAAUAUCUACUUGGGACGUCACGGGCUUCCAGUGGAUGACAGAUGACGACACGACGGCGAAGCAUCAGCAGCUGAUCAAGACCGUCGAGACCAUCGUCACGCAGUUCCCAACUUGGAAGUCGACUGUCGAGACCGUCAACAAGGCAGGAGAUGACGUUCACGGCGCAGCUGCUCUUGGAAGCUUGACGAUGGAAAGCCUUCGCGCCAAAGAAGAACGGGUGAAGGCCUCUGCGAAGCUGCUGGCGAUGGCGGUGAUGACUACGGCCAUCUUCAAAGGAGAGUCCAAGGGCAUCGACGCGGCGGUGGCCUACAGCAAGGCGAAGCUCGGCGUGGAGGUGACCGACGUGCCCGCUGCGCUGCAGGAGAACUUGCGCACCCCUCGGAAGCAGGGCGAGCAGCCCAGCGCGCCAUUCGAGGAUCAGAAAAAAAAACAGAGGAGGGCACUCUCGGCUUGA